GACGCGGUAGUGAGAUAAUAUUUCAUGAAUACAUUGACCAGUGGGAAUACAAACGCGAGGAGAUACAGUGCAUAUCCGCCGAGGACUGUUUACAGUAACACAUUCUCGCGUUAUACUACAGAGGACAACUGUUUUCCAUUGAAACGGACGGUGCAGCCAGGAUGCAGGACGAGCGGUACGAGACGCUGGAGCAGAUAGGGAGUGGCGCCUAUGGUGACGUGUACAAGGGGAGGAAGAGGGGUGGAUCAGGGGAGAUUUGCGCUCUGAAGUACAUCUCCUCCUACAGGUCCAAGAAGGAGAUGAAUGACGUGCGGAAUGAGAUCCUCAUCAUGCAGAAGGUCAACCACCCACACAUCAUCAAGCUGCUCGACUCCUAUGAGAUUCCGGGAUACUUGGUCGUGGCCACGGAGUGUGCUUCUAAAGAGCUGUACAAAACACUCGUCGCUGCUGGGUGCUUUCCAGAAAAAAGGGUGCAUGAGAUUGCAUGUCAGCUAUCCUCGGCCGUCUUCUACCUUCACGCCAACAGAAUCCUACACCGAGACCUGAAGCCCGAGAACGUCCUCCUCAUGGAAGACGGCACCGUCAAACUGUGCGACUUCGGCUUCGCACGUGCCAUGGGGGAGACUUACUAUGCAACUACUAUAAAGAGAACUCCUGUGUACAUGGCCCCAGAAAUAGCAACGGAGUCUUUUGUCUCAUACACGGAAAAAGUGGAUAUCUGGGCACUGGGUUGCAUCAUUUUUGAGCUGUUGGUCGGCGACCCGCCCUUCUUCUCCAACAAUAUGGUCACUCUGGGGAUGAAGAUCCUCAACUCCUCCGUGCCCUGGACCAACAACAUGCCGCCGGACCUGAAGGACCUCCUGCAGAUGAUGCUGAUCAAGAACCCCAGGGAGAGAUGUUCAUGGCCAACCAUUUUAUCCCAUCCCUGGUUCAAAGGCGGGAUUAUUGUGUCCCCCGAGGACAGAGCCAGAGACAGCCCAUACACCAACCCAGAUGUCGCACAGCGGAAGGCCGAGGAGCACAAUAAGAAGGUACGUAUACUUGGACGUGGUGGGAAGCUUCCGGAGAGUGAGGACUUUGCUGAUGGAGGUGAAGACUGUACUGAUGGAGAUGAAGACGUCACUGAUGGAGAUGAAGACAUGGAUGUAGUCAUCAUGAUACCCCCACGAAGGAGAGGAGGUGCAGAAUCACCUGCUGGGUCUUCAGGACCUGACCAGUAGUCUGUGUCCACUGGGACUACCGUUACAUGCCACACGUUGUCAGCAGAUCUCUCACGGCGAUGUUGAUUGGUGUGGAAGUUGUCAUUGGAGAGGACGUCAUGUGAAAUAGAAAAUACAUGUCACGAAACGGUUUUUUUCUGAAUGGUAAAGGAACUCUCUGCACCACUAGCUGUGGUAACGGUAUCUCUGUGCUGCUCCCUAUGAAACAAUUUUGAUCUUGACUUGUUGCUACAGGCUGUCCCAGUGUGUUUUCAUAAUAGAUCCCCGAUUCGGAACAUACCACACCAACAACCGUGCCCUCUAUCUGUGGAAUUAACGUAAUUGGAUUGAUUUUUAUGAUGUAGCUAGCAGAUGAACUGGUGUUUGAAGGACUUAAAAAGUCCACUGCCAAUCAGCCCGUGCCAAUUCAAUAGAUUCAGCGGCUUAAUCGGUACCUAUACCUGCCCCUAAUGAUCUCAAGACCAGCGAACCUUCUAUGACGUUAUUCGCAUGGGAGAUGAACAAGACGGUUCCACGAAGUCAAGCUUCAGCAUUUAAAUACCUGGAUGCAGUGAAUGAUAUGGGAUAACAAUUAUUAAUGAUAAUGAUGAUCAUUGUGAUGACGAUGGCGAUAAUGAUGUAAGUGAUGAUGAUCAUCAUCGUGAUGAUUAUUAUUAUGAUGAUGAUGAUCGUGAUGAUGAGGAUGAUGAUAAUGAAGAUGAUUUGUCAUUCAUAAAGCACAAUACUCCAGGCCACAAAGGGGCGUGACAGCGCCAAAGCUCAAAGCAUGUCACAUACUAAUCCAUAACCGAUGUCAUUCAAAUUGCAUUCUCAGCUCCCUGAGGAAUAUCCGGGAUUGCUUGACCUUUGCACUAACGAUGAUGCGUGUAACAAGGUACACUUAGAUAGUGUGAAACACUCAAGAUGUGACACUUGUUUUACUGUUUAAUUGACCAGCCGGAAUUGAUAUAUGUGUUGAAGUCGUCACAAAGUGACUUGAUGGUUAAGAGUUUGUCUUCUCCCUGUGGACAUCAAUGGAAAAACGAUUCUGUUCAACAAAGAUUUUAAGGUUUUAACCAAUAUGAGUACGGACAGAAAAUAGAACAAUUUGAGAGCUGUUGUAUCUCAAUGACAACACACACAAACUGCCGGACAAAAGAAAGUAUAAUUUGAAAUCUGGAUAGCAAACGUUAUCAAAACCUACAAGGCUGAAAACAAUCGACGAAACACUGCAAACAUCACCAUCGAAUAACCAUGUUUUGUUUGUUUCAUGUUGGCGUGGAGUGUAUACUUUCUUUUACCCGACAGUUUAUUUCGUGUCUACAUGCUUUAAGAAAUCCACGUACAUAUGACAAUGCCUUCACUCAUGAAGACGUUUGUGCUGACAUUCCAUGUGUGUGCAAAGAAGUGUUACAGUGAGUGAGUGCGUUUGGUUCCACGCGGUCUUUAACAGUAUUUCGGACUCGCAGCUUGAUCUGGGAGGAAAUCCCGGGGUGAUUCAGUUCCUUGAUGUUUACCACUAUAAAUAAUAAUCAAAGGUGUGAAACUUA